AUGGCUGGAGCCAUCUUCCACCUGCUGACGGACAGCACGCUGACCCGGGGCUCUGGGGGCCUAGAGCCAGGACGUCCCAGCAGCUCGGGGAAGAAUGGGACGAGUGGAGAGACGGGAGAACGAGGAGCAGAUGGAAAAGUUGAAGCAAAAGGCAUCAAAGGUGAUAAGUUCAAGAGGAUCCCCAGAAAACAUGGACCCAAGGGGCUUGCAGGGCCCAUGGGAGAGAAAGGCCUCCGAGGAGAGACUGGGCCUCAAGGGCAGAAGGGGAUUAAGGGUGACGUGGGUCCCACUGGUCCUGAGGGGCCAAGGGGCGACAUUGGGCCUUUGGGCCCAACUGGUUUACCAGGUUCCAUGGGGCCUAUUGGAAAGCCUGGUCCCAAGGGAGAAGCUGGAUCCAUGGGGCCCCAGGGCGAGCCAGGAGUCCGGGGAAUAAGAGGCUGGAAAGGAGAUCGAGGAGAGAAAGGGAAAAUGGGUGAGACGCUAGUCUUGCCAAAAAGUGCUUUCACUGUGGGGCUCACAGUGCUGAGCAAGUUUCCUUCUUCAGAUGUGCCCAUUAAAUUUGAUAAGAUCCCGUAUAACAAAUUCAACCAUUAUGAUAUAGCAACGGGGAAGUUCACGUGCCACAUUGCUGGGGUCUAUUACUUCACCUACCACAUCACUGUUUUCUCCAGGAAUGUUCAGGUGUCUUUGGUCAAAAAUGGAGUAAAAAUACUGCACACCAAAGACGCUUACAUGAGCUCUGAGGACCAGGCCUCUGGCGGCAUUGUCCUGCAGCUGAAGCUGGGGGAUGAGGUGUGGCUGCAGGUGACAGGAGGAGAAAGGUUCAAUGGCUUGUUUGCUGAUGAGGACGACACAACUUUCACAGGGUUCCUUCUGUUCAGCAGCCCGUGACAGAGGAGAGUUUAUAAAUCAGCCACACCAUCCAUCAGAAUCAGCUUGGUGACGAACUUAUUCAGAUGGUUUUACUUUAUUAAUUCCUCCAAUUAUUACAAUAAUCAUAAAAAGGUGAAAACGGAAAAGUUAUUCCCAAAACUGAUACUGUGUAACUUACUGUCUUUCCAGGAGUAAAUAUUGAAAAUAGC